GGAUUGGCUAAAUAUAGGGAAAUGAAUGUGGUUCGGUUCUCAGUCGCCGCUUGUGGCAAGGAGCAUUGCGUGACGACACAAAAAGGAGACCAACGUAAAAUGCCUCGUGGAGAUUAUUUGGUCCUCUGGUAUUGCUAGAGUUCUGCAGUGAAAGGAAUUGUUACAAUUUGCGUAUUUGUUGUAGAGGAGUUUUUGGCCCCUGUUAAGAGCACGAUUUGCUACGGUAAGUACAUUUACUUGUUCAAACAAAAUCGUUCACUUAUUUUAACUUUUUACGCGAAAAACAUGGGCAGCCUAAUAAGCUCAAAUGCAUACUAGUUUUUGGUACUCGAGCGAAAAAACAAAAUAGGCAUCAUUCUAUCAGGGCGGUGACGCUGGACGUAUUUGAGUUUGCAGGAAUUUUUGCCGACUGGACGGAAGCGCGUUAGUAUAUGUAAAAAGAUUCUUAUUAGAAAUGUGAAGUCGGUUGUUGAUCGACUCCAGCGAAAACAGAUCGAAUAAACGAUUAUGAACAGUUAUGGCUUUAAGUUGUACCUUUCUGAAGCUUACCGCUGAAAUCCGCCUAGCUUAAUUGAAGAAUCUCUGCUUUACGGAAAUGUUUAUGCGGGAGACUGAACAUCUCAGCAGUUACAUAGUAAAUCGAGUGUGUUCUUGGUAGAACUACUUAUAAGUCAACUGAAUUUCUUAAAGUUGAUUAUAACCGCUGUGUUGGCGUUUUGUUCGAAGGAACAACAAGACAUCGCGCUCUAGUUCAAAAAAUCCUGCAAACCACACUAUAGAGCUGGGCCCAGAGUCAUACUGACAUGGCAGGAAAUAAUCACAUUCACGGACAAAGAAACUUGCAUGCAUGCAUGUAGUUAUUCAGAUACAGCCAUUUCGGAGAAAACCAAAAAACUAAAAUCUUUAUUCAGCCGUAAUAAACAGAGGUCAAAGGAUAUAAAACACUUAACAACUGCAUCUGAAAUCAAAUCCUGUUUUGUUCACCCAGUACAGAAGCAUAAACCACAGAAAUGAUUACACAUAUGGUUCUUACCUCUAAAUAUAACACUUAGUGCUGCAAAACAAGAAAAAAGUUUAGGUUCUUGGAAGACAUUUAACUAGAGAAAAAAAAAGAGAACCACUGUUCAAGUGGAUUACAUAUUCAUCAUGAGUCGCCAUCGAAAAUUUGGGUUCUUGGAAGACAUUUCUAUGUAUUUAUAUAUUCAUCACAUAGUAGCAUCUUGUACACCAGUAUGUACAGUACGUCUGGAUUGAUAAUCUUUGGUUCGUUUAAAGACGAGGGUAACUAAAAACAGAGUAUAUUAUUCUAGCCUUACCAAGCGCAGCAAAUCUAGCAAUACUGAAUAAAAUUGAAGAAUCAUUCGUAGGUCGUGGGACCCUAGAAAGUCAAUUGAACUUAUGGACUUCACACAAGUAAAAUAAAAGUGUGUGUAUACUCGUACAUAUGCUAUUCUGAAGCCACAGCUUUCUCUCAAAUGCUCUAAACUCUUGUUCCAAGCUAUUUUCAGUGCUGGUAAAGCUUGACAAGUGCAUUUUGAGCAGGGUCAUGGAAUUCUAUGUGAUAUGUUUGGUUAUCCUACCGAGUAACUUCAGCCAUUUCGAAUAAUAUAUUCUAUGGGGCCUUUCUGAUCAUAUUCCCAAAAAUCUUAGAUGCUGUAAAAAGGUGUACGAAAACGUGAGAUUUUCUGCUACUUUUUUCCGUUACCAUACAAUUUGAAACCGAACAUUUUAGGGGUCCUUUCUUGAGAAUAACAGCCAGUCCUGGGGAGUGAACUGUGGAAAACCCAAAUUCCAGAAAUCGCAACGAAGUUCAUGUAAAAAAUCGAGAAAAUCCGAGAUGAGUGAGUCGUCAUCUACAAAUUUUAAGUCUUUGUCGAGCCGUAUAGAAAUUUCUGCCCCUGAAAUAAACCAAGGUGCAGUGCUUAAACACUCUUGUCCUGAAAACCUAAACAUUGCUCAGAUAGAAAUGGAAAAAAUUGAAAAAAACGAUAAACAGUUGUGUAUUCAUAACUCAGCUGCCACUAAAAAUGACACUUAUUUGGAGUCAGUCAAAUUUCUAUACAGAGACAACUUCACCCUCACACCCCCCUCCCCCCCCCCCUUCCCCUCUGAUUAUAAAUGUACCUUUUCAGCCAUUUCGAGAAAGGUUGUCGGAAAAAAUGUGCCGCGACAAUCCAGAAAGGUAAUAUCGGAUAUGCUCAAUACACUGUUCCUGACACUGUGGCUGUCGAACCUACUAUUUGUUACUUUCCCUUAGCACUCGCGAACAUGUGUCCUUGGCCUCUCCUGCCAUUCGCUCUAAUUUGCUUGAAAAACAGUGAACUCAAAACCACCCAAAAUACCUUCCGGGGUUGUCGAGUGCACUUUAUCCGACAACCUUUCUUGAAAUAAAAUACGUACCUGUAAAUCAACUCCAAAGACACCACAAGUGCAUGAUUAAACAGUGACAGUUGUAAUUUAGGGAUGCACUCUUCGCAAAGCUUGUACGGAUAAUUAAAUUGGGUGAUCUUUCAGUUCUGCAGCGGUAUGCAGUGAUAUUUGUUGUAUAAAGCGACUGAGGAAUAGUUACGGUGAGUACUCCGGGUUUAACAAAACAAACACUUUGCAUCAAACAAACGGUGUUCAUCUAAGCAUUGUAAGAAGAAACCGCUUAACAUUAGGGACAUUAUCCUCAGUUACGGGUAAAAUUUCUUGGAAUCUUCUAUGUGUGUUUAUGAUUAUACCGCCCUGUACUUAUCUGCAAAGGUCGUGUAAAUUUGAAUACGUGAUAGCAUGAUUUGUAUUGAUAUUUGGCAUAAAUACCACGAGUGAUAUUUCGAAAUUGUUAUACGUAAUUUCACGAGCCGUUAGGCGAAUGAAAUUUGAGACAAUUUUGAAAUAUCACAAGUGGUAUUCAUGCCAAAUAUCACGUUCAAAUCACGCUAUUAAUUGUUUAUACUACUACCCUUAGAAGGUUUGUAAUUUUCACAUGUAGGUAUUUCAAAUUAAGCUAAAAUACCGCUGCUCUAAGCCAAUCAAAUUGCACAAAUUUCUCAUGUAGUAGUAUGACAACAUUUAUCAUUUCCUCUUGAAAUCAGGUUGUAUUGUGUCAAAAUUUCCAUUUAACAGUCAGUGUUUCAUUUAGAGUCAAAGUGACUCGGAAAAGAAAAGGUAUUACCCUAGCGUUAUCGAGCACUGAGCUAGCUAAAUUCAACUCUCUGUCCCCCUUCCAAAACUGCUCGGAAGUGGCAACGAUGUCACUUUGACAUUUCGGAGAAACCGUAUCGCUGGAACAUUUUACCAAUCCUCAACACAGAGGUCACAACUGUCACUAAGAACCUUUUGAGUUACUUUUAUCCGUAACUGUUUACGAGGAGAAUUUCUCUUACAAUAAUAUCUGGCGAAACGACUUGUCUACCCCGGACAGAACGAUAUUAUGCUAAUAUUGCAUUCAGGAAAACAUGGUUGCACUUAAUAUAAACAGUGCACAAGGCUAAGCCUGUAGUGACAUCAUAAAGGGUAAAUCAAAAGGCCCCAGUCUAAAUACGGUGGGACGAGGGAAGACAGAAAAACGGCUUCUAAGCUUUCAUAAACUAAGUCUUUUCAGGAUGGCAGCUCGUGUUGACGGCGUUGAAAGGGAAACACAAGAAUGGGUGAGCCAGACCUGAUAAUUAGCACAAUACAAUAGUGUCUGACCUUUAUUUCGUCUGAAACUAAUUUAUGGCGUUGUAGUGCAAACUAUGUACCUCUCGGGGGGGUACUCCUGGGAAUUCUUGGUGGGGGUGUGCCGCCCGGUUCUUCCAAUCCUGACCCGAUUUCAGACCAAGACAUCUAAUUUUCCAGACCGUUUUUAGACUUGACCUUUAAAAUCCAUACCCGCUUUCAGACCUGACUUUGAGGCAGAAAUUAUGUUAUCCUUACUUAGAUUAGAGCGCAAACCAAAAAAUUAUUCAAAUCUAUUUCGAAUUCACAUAUUUAUCUUUCUUUCUUACUCGUUUGAAAUUUAAACGUUAAACGCGUUCAUAUACUCCGUAGUUCGCUCGAAAACCAUAUCCGGUUCCAGACGAAAAGUGCAAAGUGUAUACCUGUUUUCAGACCAAAACGGCGCAAAAACGCUACCCGAUGGGGCGGCACAUGCCUAUAUGGCUUCUAUAAGGGAGUAUCCCCCCCGGGUAUGUACCAUGAACAUUGGACGAAAUGCAGUUAAGAAAACGCCAUGUGUGGGUUGAGGUUGUUGUUGGUUUUCUCCCUUGCUCCGAGAGGGUUUCCUCCGGGUACUCCGGUUUUCCCCUCUCCUCAAAAAACAACACUUUCAAAUUCCAAUUCGAUCUGGAACGCACGGACACGUUUAAACGAGUUCAUAUGAACUCUUAAGUGCCUCGUGGGUAAAAAAGCAAUUUUUUUUUCAACGAAGUAUUUACUAACAUCAGUACGACCAGCCUAUUACGAAAGUUCGAAAUUUUAAUCGCUGUCUUUGAAUUUUAUGGAUAACUUGAAUAAGUGAAAAGACCAAAGAGUCACGGUAACCAAAUUUAAUGAAGAAUUAUUAGCACGAAAGACGAAUAGCUAGAAAAUCACAGUGAGUGAAAAAUGGCUUUGUGUAUUAACUGCGGGAGACAAGAGGAGCUGCAAACCUAACCUGCAGGUUGCCACUAAGAAUAAAUGGAAUGCAUAAAACGCAAUCUGAUCACGCGCGUUUCAUUUACGUUUGUACCUUUCUAUCACUUGAACCUGCUGAUAACACACGUUUUGACUUUCCAUCACGUGAAACUGCGCAAAGCAACAGUGUUGGAACAAGAGCCGUUUUGACUUUCGAUCGGAAGACUGAAACUGUAACCUUUUGUUAAGGCUAGUCAAAAACACUCGAAUUCUGAAUGGCAGAAGCCAACUGCCGUUUGCGUUUAUCGCUGCCGUCAAUCAUCUUAGCGGACCUCUUAGGUAACAGUGGUAGUCUUUACACUAGAGCCUAAGUGAGCUAAGAAAUAUUUCAAGACAAGUAAAUUUUAAUUACUUCAAGUAAAAUAAAGCUUCAGGGACAACCGAUUAUUUUUUUACUUCAGGGUCGCGUUUGAUUGGGAAAUCCGGAUUUCGGAAUUGCAAUCCCCUUAUCGAACGCGAAAUCCGAUAACGGAUUUCACCUCCGAGAAAUCCGUUCCAAUUAAGAAAUCCAAAUCCGGAUUUCAUGGAUUUUCUUUUUACCGUUCGAUUGGGAAAUCCGAAAAAGGAUUUGCAAAAUUGUUCUUGUGUACAGCGGUCUUCUUUUGCUAAUUAUGCGUGCGCUUGCAAGACCGCUGUUCUUAAAGACAGUUUUUCAAAUCCUUUUGCUGCUUUCCCAAUCGAACGGUAAAAAUGAAAAUCCCAAAACAGAUAUCUCAGCGUUGAAAUCCGUUUUCGGAUUUCGCGUUCGAUUGCAGAUCCGAAAUCCGGAUUUAAAAAUCUAAAUCCAGAUUUUCGAAUCGAACGCACCCCAGGUUAACUUAAAGCUAUUUUCCAACGAAACAUAACUAAGAUUGAUUGACAUGUUUCGCGUUUCUCAAAGCUCAAGAAACAGCGAGUAAGCUAAGUCGGUCAUAAGGACGGUUUUCAAGUCACUUGAAACUUUCUUAAAUAGUUUCAACGUUCCGACUUUAAUGAGAUGGAAAGUAAAGUUACUUGAGAUUUUACUUAGGCCUUCACACACGAAUUUCAACUCCUAAGUCUUACUUAACAGCCUAGUGUAAAGACAACCAAUAUAUACUGUACAUUUCUUUAUGUGUUACCAACAAAAUUGGUACAGUACUUAGCCUAACCCAGUUAAAUUGCUACACUGGGUUGGUUUCGCUUACCCCCUGCUCACUCCCUUACUGAUCAAACAUGUAUGUUGUAUGUCCAAUUAACCGCAAUGAUGUCAUUUACUCAGACAGUGAGAGCUCAAGUUACCUUUGCAAAAUAAUUUACACGCAAUUGCAGUUCGCCGUUUAAUAGAAAUAAUAACUCGCGUCUUUAAGAUUAAGGAUUUUUGGGUAAGUUCUGGUAAGUCGUAGAACUCGUUCAAAACAAUUUUUCGAAAAUUCUCUGUACCAUUUUUUUUUUCUCAAGAAAGCAACAUAAUGCGAAGGUCAGGUUUUAGUGUUGUCAUGCUAUACUAAAAAUUUCGAUAGAUUUUCGAAUGGUCUCGGUGAAAACAACAUGCGCAACCUACACCACUGUGCGGGGAUACCAUCGCGUAUGUCUGAUAGAAUGCUUACAUAAACUCCCAAUUUUUUCUAAAUGUUUUCACUGCGUGUCUUUUUAUGGUUGUUGACAGUUUCGUUCGUACAUAAGUGGCUACUAUAAGUUCAAUAUCAAGAUCGGUUACUUAAACAUUAACAGCGUAGUUAAAAAAAUCGAUGAGGUCAAAGAGUUGCUAAAUAGAAAUAUGUUUGAUAUUCUGUUUCUAGCCGAAACAAAGAUCAACAGUACUGUCUCAUCGCACUUGGUUUCACACCCAGGAUUUGGCACUAUUCGCAAAGAUCGUAAGAAGGGGGCUGGAGGUCUGCUUGCCUAUAUCAGGAAUGACCUCUCGGCGUAUCGACGCUUAAAACUAGAAAGUAGCGAUAUUGAAUCCAUUUGUUUGGAUGUCAAGGACUCUAAUAACAGUCGCUUUAUAGUGUAUGCUUGUUAUAGAGGUCCAACUAAGUGCAAGGAAUCUGAUUUUUUCGCCUCCCUAUCAACAGCUACCGAAAAUAUGUAUAAUACCAGAAAGGAGCUGCUUUUAUUCGGAGACUUCAAUAUGGACAUGCAUGAGAAUAGACAUGAAAGCCGUUUUCCUGACACAGGGCUGGUUGACCUUUGUAAUCGAUUCUGUCUCUCAAACCGAAUCGAUAAUCCGACAAGAGUAACUAAAACAUCUAAAAGUCUCAUCGAUGUUUAUUUAACUAGUCACGCGGAAUGUUAUGCUACAAGUGGUUCUUUAUACCUUGGACUGAGCGAUCACGACUUAAUCUUUACAGUGCGAAAAAAUAAGAAUUCAAGGCCAAAGCCGCGCUUGAUCGAGUUUAGGAGUAUGAAGAAUUUUAACUUGCCUGACUUUUUGACUGACUUAAAAAGGGUCCCAUGGUCUUCGGCCUACACAUUCGACAAUGCCGAUGACGUAUGGGCUCAUUGGCGAACACUUUUCAAAGAUGUUCUUGACCAGCACUUGCCCCUAAAGAAAAAGUGGAUUCGGGGCGACCAGUUGCCAUGGAUAUCACCUGAUUUGCUGCGUGAAAUUUUGCACCGAAACAAAUUAUUCAAGCGCCACAAGCGGAAUUUUACAUCUACUUCUUGGGAUGACUAUAAGCGGCAACGUAAGAAGGUUACGUCGCUAAAGCGCAACGCCUUGAAAAGGUUCUGCUGUGACGCUUCCUUGAGUGCUAGACAUCCGGGCGAAUUUUGGAGAAAAAUGAAGCCCCUUUUGCCAACUAGUUCUGGUAAAAACAUACAAGGCGUCAUCCUCGUUGAGGGCAGUAGUGUUGUUUCCGACCCUGGGUGUGUGGCCAAAGUCUUUAGUGAUUACUUUGCCAAUAUUAUUCAGUUAGAGCAUAGAUCUGACACUGACUACACUGACCAUCCUAGUAUCAAGGCGAUAAGCAAUCUACGUUUCUCAAGUGAGUUUAAUUACUCCCCAGUCAGUACUUCAUAUAUCCGUAACAUCUUAGACCACCUUAAUCCGAGAAAGGCAGUUGGGGUAGACGGCAUUUCACCACGAAUCUUGCGUUUGGGAUCCCCAGUUCUUGCCGAAGAGGUGACUAAGUUGAUCAACUUCUGUAUUCUGAAUCGCUCAUUGCCGUCUGAAAGGAAGCAAGCGCGCCUUACUCCUGUCUUUAAACGGGGGAUUGACACAGACAAAGCAAACUACCGCCUUGUCUCAAUAUUAACUUCGCUAUCGAAGGUAUUUGAGAAAGUCAUUUACGACCAAACUUGGAAUGCAUUUCAUAGCGUUUUGUCCUCAAACUUAUCUGGAUUUAUGAAAACUCACUCUUGCUGCACUGCACUGCUAAAAAUGAUGGAAGAUUGGAGGAACAGUAUUGAUAACAAGGAAGCUGUAGCGGCGGUCGCUGUGGACUUGAGCAAAGCGUUUGAUGCCAUAAACCACAGCCUUCUGCUCGCGAAGUUGAAGGCCUAUGGCUUUUCUCCACAUGCCUUGGAACCGAUGUCCAUCUACCUGCUAGGUCGUCAACAAUGUGUCAGAUUAGAAGGCGUAUGCUCUAACUUCAAAACAGUUAAAUCUGGCGUUCCUCAAGGUUCACUAUUGGGGCCGUUGCUGUUCAACAUAUUCAUUAAUGACUUGAAUUUCAGUGUUCCUAAUGUCUCAUUGCGGCUGUACGCUGAUGACACGACUGCCUAUUUGUCUGAUGUAUCUUCCACCAUUCUGGAAUUUUCCUUCAACAAAGAUCUUCAGACUCUUUCAUCGUGGUUUGAGUCUAACCAUUUAACAGUGAACAGUACUAAGACUCAAGCAUUAUCUGUCGGACCCUGUGCCUAUCAUUAUUUUUUAUUUCUUAGUAAUGCUAGAAUAGAAUUUCUCCGAUCUAUUAAGAUUCUCGGAGUUACUCUAGACAAGGACCUAUCCUAUAAAGAACACAUAUCAGAUCAACUAAAGAAAGCCUACGCGAAGGCCUCUGCACUGAGAAGAAUAAGGCGUUUUCUUCCUCAUGAUGCAAUGAUAAAACUUUAUAAAGCAUUUAUAUUACCUCAUCUCGAAUACUGCAGUCCUUUGUUUGUAGGCAUAGGUACGGGUCAACGCAACCGUCUCGAAGAUGGGAACUGUUAUAUUUUGAGAACAUUAAUCGGGCACAACAAGUCAAUCUCAUUCGACGAACUGCUCACUACGGCUAGCAUGAAAUCCUUAUAUUGUAGGCGCUUACACCAGGCGUUCAUACUUCUUUUUGAAUGCUUAAAUGAUACGGGACCUACUUAUAUUGGAAGCCUUUUUAAAUACAGGCAUACACCGUAUAGGCUAAGAGGCGAGGGCUUGAAUUUGGAAUUACCCAACUUUAAUUUUGAAUUUAAGAAUAAUUUUUUCACUUAUUCAUUAACUAAGUUAUGGAAAAGUUUGCCUUCUCAAGUGCGUCGUUCAAGAGGUGCUAAUGACUUCAGAAGUAAAUUGUACGACUGUAGCUUUUUAGAACGUGUCUUAUAGUGCACGAUUGUAGCUUUUAACUGUUUUUAGAACGAGUAUUAUAAUUUUCCUAGUCACGUUUUUAGUAUGUGGCUUUUUAGUCGGUUUUAGCUUUUUAUAUUUUAUGUUUUUCUUACAAGGUUUUUUAUAUGUAUAUAUUUAUUGAGUUGUUUUUAAAAUUGAACACACUCUCUUUUUUUAUAAGAAUAUAUUUUAUAAGAGUAUCGAGGCCGAAAUUUGCCAAAUUUUAAGAAUAUUUUAAGAAUAAAGCCGAGGCUGAGAUUUUGAAAAGGAUAGAUAUAAUUUUGUGUGUUGAAACAUCUGUAAAUGCAAUACAAUUUUAUGUUUUUAACUUAACCGUAUAAAAUUAUUCCUUUCUCUGAACGGCGAAACUAGCCAACAAAACGAAAAAACCUGCACUAGCUAUAGCAAAAUGUUCAACGCUAAUGACAGUUCGAUGAACGGUACAUGUAAUACAUAUGUACAGUAUUCAGCACAAAAGACAUAAACUGACUGCAACGAAAAGCGAUGGAGCACGUGCACAAUGUAACGCGAUACAGAUCUAGAUACCGAACACUUGUAAUUGAUACCCCAAUAAAUUCUAAAACGGAAAUGUCAUAUGCUAUAACUUAAGAAUAAUACAAGAAUAUUUUCAGCCUAAAAUCGGCAGAAAAAUAAGAAUAUUCAGCCUGGGCUGGAAAAACAACAUUCUUAUAAAAAAAAGAGUGUAAUAUUAUAUAGCUGUAAUUAUUAUAAAUUUUAUUUAUACACGUUCGUAUUUUGAACGAAUUUUUUUUAGCUCUUUGACGUAACGUGUUAAAAUAAAUGAUUGAUUGAUUGAUUGAAGUAAUUCGGAGUGUGAUUUAUCACCGUAGGGCAAGAAACAAACUUUCUCGGUCUUACAAGCCUGAGAAAGAAAUGAGUUCUUUAAUUGAGGUCUUGGUAAAGGAGCACUUCUGAAAUGAUUGGAUUCCGGCAUUGAAAACUUUCCCAGUGGAUUAAAUAUGUGUGGCAAAGGUCCUUUUGUCAUCUUGUUUACAUCAACAGUUAUCAACGAGAUCAGUUUAUGUUACAUUUACAUUUCCUUUUUGUUCGGUUAAAGAUGAAGCGAGCUUUGGAAAAAAAAGCUAAUGUUAUAGCGUCACUGAGUCUGCUAGACCCAGCUUGUAUCUUGUUGUUGAUGGAAAUUUUAUACCAUUGCUGGGUUGUGAUGCUUGUUUAGACUUAGAAGUCCUUGAGUUUAUGAACCUUGAACUGAUAACUACUCUAGCAUCAAAACAACCGGAGCAAGAAAUGCCAAGUUUCUUCCAAACCAAUCCUGCGUUGCAGGAUUAUAAAGAUUGUUUUAGUGAUAAACCUGGCAAGCUACCUAACAAAGCACAUUUGGAAGUUGAUCCUUCAGUUCCUCCAGUGGUACAUCCUCCCAGAAAAAUUCCAAUUGCACUUCUUGAACCACCACGAGAGAAGCUCACAGAGAUGGAAGUAGAUGGGAUUAUUGUUAAAGAAGAGGAACACACGCCUUGGGUUUCAUCUAUGCUAGUGACUGACAAACGAAAAGUGAAAGAACAGAACACUCCACUUUUGAAGAAUGAUGUUCGAAUUUGUAUUGACCCAAGGCACCUAAACAAAGUUCUUAAGAGACCACACUAUCCAAUGGUUACUGUAGAGGAGGUUGCCAACCGAUUAUCGGGUGCAAAGAGUUUCAUGUCUCUUGAAGCUUGCAGUGGAUACUGGCAGCUCCCAGUGGAUGAUGAAAGCUCAAAGCUCUUAACAUUCAAUACCCCCUGGGGUCGAUAUCGAUUUAAGGCUCCCUUUUGGCAUCUCUUCUGCCCCUGAAAUCUACCAAAGGGAGAUGGACAAACUCUUUGAAGGAGUUCCUGUGGAGAUUAUAGUUUAUGAUUUCGUGAUACAUGGUAAAGAUCAAACCGAUGCUGAUCAGAAAUUGAGAAGAGUACUGGAUAGAAGCAGAGAAGUAGGAUUGAAGUUCAAUCCAAAGAAAGUGGGGAGUUCCUGAAGUGAGCUAUGUUGAACAUGUGUUCUCGGCCGAAGGAUUGAAACCUGACCCUGAUAAAAUCCGCGCGAUCAGUGAGAUUCCUCCUCCUUCUGACAAAGAAGGUGUACUUCGAAUACUAGGAACUGUCAAUUACCUUGACAAGUUCAUUGAACACAAAGCCAAUCUACAAGAGCAGAUUUCACAGCUUACCAAGAAAGAUGUAGCAUUCGUGUGGGAGAAACCACAUUAAGAGGCUUUGAUAAGCUGAAGUCUGUCAUCGCUAGUGCACCGGUGUUAGCAUACUUUGAUGACAGCAAAGAAACGGUGCUAAGUGUUGAUGCCAGUAGCACAGGCCUUGGUGCAAAGGAAAGGCUUUUGCUCUCUCCCAUGUGAGCUCCAUGAAUUUUAUCUAACACUUCAGCUCUCAAUGGUCUUGGCACUACAAUUCUGUCUGAUUUUAAUCACUUGCCAUCCUCAACACUCAGCUCUUUUCUGAAAUUCCAAUAUUCCCGGGCAGGUUCAUCAACUUGUUCUUUCUUAGAGGGCCAUCCUUUCAAAACGUACUCCAUAACCACUCUUGAUGUCUCAUCAGCACUUGAGCUGUCCUUGAAUCUCUUCAGGGUGCUGCUUUCUAAUCCAAGUUCCCUAGCAAGAUUAACUCCGAUUAGCUAUUUGGAUUCACUGAAUGGUUCAGUUUCACUGAGAGGUGCUCUCCUAAAACAGUCUGAAAUGACCUGCUGUUUUCCGGGGACAUAACACGUACAUAAGGUCAUACUUAGUGACUUUCAGCAACAUCCUUUGUAGCCUGGGAGGAGCCUCAUUCAGUGGUUUCCGAAAGAUUGACUCCAGCGGUUUGUCUUUUCUGUCAUAAAAUACCUCUGCGCCCUUGCACAUAUGUGUGAAACUUUUGCGCUCCUCAUACAAUCGCUAACAGCUCUCUUUCAAUAUUUGCAUACAUCUUCUCUGAGGGAGUCAAUGCCUUUGAACUGAAGGCAGGGGAUUUUGUUUUCUGGUCUUCCAUGACUGCCCAAAUCAAAGGCAAAGUCAGUUCCUGUGCCGUGUGUAAUGUGUUCCGCAACUGACAACAAAGAGAAUCAUUACAUCCUCAUGACAUUCCAGGAUUACCUUGGCAAGUAGUUUGGACUGAUCUGUUUGAAUAUGGUAGCCAAACGUACCUGUUAGUUACUGACUUCUAUUCGAAGUACUUUGAAAUAGAACUGCUUCGCCAGAACAAAGACUCAUUGAAUCGUGUUAGGAGGGAGAUGUUGUAACAUUGAAACCUGUGGGGAUCCCCCUCAGGAGCCCCUGACUGACUUACAUGCGCACCCCGAAAACGGGGAACCGCGUGCUUUGUGUUUUUGACUUGCGUGGGACACGAACAUGUUAGAAUUACCUUUACUAGUCGCUGAUUUUAGCUUCAUUGAAUGAUCUUAUAACCCUUCGCAUGUUGAUUCGAUUUUCAGACGACUAGGAAAUUGUUGACCUCUAGAAGUCUAUUAGGAAACUAUUACUGAAUGACUGAAGACUAGGUUGUGGCCUGAAAAAAAACGUCUAUUAAAAUAAUUAUUAUUAUUAAUUGUAAUAAUAAUUAUUUUAAUUGAAACGAAAUGUUUUCUAAUUCAAAUAUUUUUUUAAUUAAAUGAAUUUUUUCUAAUCAAAACUAAGUGUUUUUUUAAACGAAAGGAAUUCUAACUAGUGUUUUGACGGAACAGUUUGUUUUUUUUUUACGUGAAUUAAUUGUAAAUAGGAUUUCAAUAGUUAGCAUUAAUAUCAUCAUUAGUAUUAUUAGCAUCAUCAUUAUCAUUAUCAUUAUCAUUAAAAUUCUCCUUGCCACUAUGGCCUCAUUAAAACACAAAGAACAACCACGCUCCUUUGUUUGGCACACUGAGAGGUUUAUUCAGUAAAAUCACUAGCCGGUAAAAUAUGUGACUACCUGCACUUUCACUCGACAACCCUUCGACUCGAAAGCGGGUGGGUAGGGAGGGUCUAAUAAAAUUACAAUACAAGCUGUAUCAAACUUUUGCUUCAAUCACUUAUUCAAACUUUAAAUGAAUGGCCUCUGACACGUGUUAGGCGGUUUUAAUAUAGCCCUACGUUAAUUAUAAACUGGAAUAUGAUAUGGCCGACUAAUAACCAUAGGUCUACGUCAAAUGAAGCAUUUUAAGCGAAGCUCAAAAUCAAUCCAUUGUUAUUAUCAUUACUAUUAUUGUUGUUGUUUUCAUUGUUGUUAUUAUUAUUUCAUUGUUCAUAGGUCUGUUCAAACAGCAACUCUCUUAUCUACUGGGAUGUGAACAACACAGAUAAGCCAGUAUGCAAGUUUCGUUGGCUGCUUUCGUGUUUGUCUGCCUCACGCUCGUAAACUGCGGCAAGGCGAACUUUCACGAAAUUAACGGCAGUAUCAGUAAGAACCAGACCUUGACCUAUGCGGACGGACCGUACCUGGUUACAAGUGACUUGGUUAUUUCUCAGAAUGCCUCUGUUUUCAUAGAGGCCGGUACCGAAUUUCUGGUAGUUCCAAAUGUCGGAGUUCACGUUCAAGGAACAUUACUCGCCAAGGGGACAAGGUCUCAAAGAAUCACUUUCCGAGCAAUUUCUUGUAACGAAACGAAGUUCUGUAAUAGCACUAAAUUAUACAACCCUGGAAUAAGGCUGGUGGAUGGUUCAUCGUACAAAAAGGGACGUUUGGAGCUGGAGUGGAAUGGACAGUGGGGAGGGGUUUGCUAUGAAUACUACGGCAGUACUUGGAAUUUCAAAAAUACUCAGGUGGCAUGCAGGCAACUUGGCUUCUUGAGAGCCAAGAGAUACUAUUUGCAGGCUGCUAGCAGUGGCCCCGUGUGGAUAAGAAAUGUAAACUGCAAUGGGAAUGAGCAGAGCCUUUUCCAAUGUAGACACCGUGGAGCUGGAAAUCAUUGUAGUAAGUUAUUAAGAUAUAGAGGGGACAAAAGGCUCGCGACGCAUCGAUAUUCGAUCUUCAGAAGAAAACGGAAAAGAGUAUAUUACCAUAUAUAUUAUAUAUUACCAAGAGACGAGUAUAUUACGCUCCUAGGCGGCAGUUCAGGGACGACUAGAUAUAGCCAUAUGAUUAUAGUCAAAAAUGGCCCGGGUCACGCGAUGUCUCAUUCAGGACACCUACCAGAUUUUCAUUUUGAUAUCUAAGCUGGGUUUGGCGAAUCGAGAGAAAUGGUCGGACAUGUACAUGUACGCAUAUGAAUGAGCCAUUGUGGCGUAUCCUUGGUGGGGUAACCUGCCAGUCCAUAUAAUCUCUCAUUUAGUUAAUUUGAUCACGUUUAUAUCAUUUCUCCUCGCCCUUUCCCUUCGUUUCUGAGAUUUUGGAGCCCAAACAGGGGAAGGGGGAGGGGAGUGGUGCUGGGUGGGUGGUUGGGGAGGCGUUACUGUGGAUUUUAAGUGACAGGGAUGAUCGAAGGAGUUUUUUGGGUUCUUCCGGAAAUAAAGUAUAAAACCAAACUUGUUUUGCGACUGUUUCUGCUUCCAGGAAAUUUUUAUGGCUCCGAAAUUUGGCAUGGGUUUUUUGGGGGGUUAAAUUCUGGUCCAGGUUUUUUUGUUUGAAGCUCUAAGGGUUUUUUUGAGUUUUGAUCCAGUGCCCCCAUUCGAUCAUCCCUGUCACUUGAAGUCCGGACUACGUCCCUGGGUUUUGGAACUUUCCGGGCUUAAGAAACCUGCCUUUUGACUCCUUUUCGUUGAAAUGACGGCAAAUUUCGUUUGGUUGGAUUUCAAAAACUGGUUAAGAUAUAUGCACCCGAUUUCAAAAAAGGUUUUUAUAUGGGGAGAUCCAUAGAUAGAUAUUUACGUUUGUUUUCUUGCACGUGCGCCAGUGUGCAUUUUCACCCGUUGGUGUCCAUGGGCCCCCCUUUGUCACUGUAAGUUUGGUUUUGUUGCGGAUGGUGAAAUCACCAAAUGACCAUCUCGUCGCAAACCUCGUAUUCACUGAGGUCAGGACCAUCAGGCCAUGUGUUACCCGGCCGAACUGACCGGUUCUCAGAAUUCGUGUCAGUUAAAUAUUCGCCGUAUAUCGAUUGUGUGUAAUAAUGUGUAUGCGAUUUCUACCAUAUUACUGCUUUAUUAUAUUUAUGUUUUUAUAUUUAUAUAUUUAUAUGUAUAAUUGUAUGUUUGUAAGUGCUUUGCCUGACCCUACAUGUAAUUCAGAGAAAUCUGCGAAUGGUGGAAAUAAACAAAUAUUAUUAUUAUUAUUAUUAAAAAUAUUCAAAGGACGCUCAACAAUUUCGACCCUCAACACCAGACCUAACCAGCCGUAGUCUAAGCAACAUCUAGAAAUACCCUGAAGAAUACACAAUACGUGAAGUUAAAGGUGUCUUUUCAAGGAUUAAAGAUUUAAACUGGUAUGAUAAAAUAUACUAGCCACCUGAGUUUAUUUUUAAUUAAUCCAGAUUUACUGAGUGUUUGUGGCAGAUGGACAUAGCAAUUCUAUGUCGUUCCUGUAUUUAAAAAUGGAAUGCAGCUAGUUAAGUAGAGAACUAGACAGUUUCCCUCUCACAACUUUGUUAACUUUUGCGAGAAAUUUAAUUAACAUUUACAACCAAUACCCUAGCUCAUCUUCUAAUCUCUAGCAAAUAGCAAAAUUGACAGUUUGCUUUUGUCUAGAGUGACCCACCCAAUGUACUGAUCAGAAAUUGCUUCAAGACAAAACGGAUACUAGACAACGUGAUGGACUUGACUGCCAUUUUUUUUCCCCUCUCUAGAUCGUUACAAAGACAUUGUAAUUGAGUGUGACACGUUAAUACCUUACUUGAAAGAGAGGGUUUAUUGGAAAGGCAUUUAUUUUUCAAUGUCAAACUCCACGAGAGAACAAAAGCAAAAAAGCUCAUUCCUGGAAAACGUCGACAUAAUCAACGCCUUUGAUGGCGUUAAGGCACUAAACGAGGUUCCGGUUUUGUUAAAUGUCACUGUUAGAGACGGUAUAAAUGGAAUUUUGGCAAAAGAAUUGAGUCACCCGCUGAAAGUGGUGGAUUCAAAGUUUUUGAGAUGUGAGUCUGUGGGUAUAAGUGUCACAAGCAGAGGAGCACCCGUCGUGGUCCAAAAUGUAACUGUUCAAAAUACAAGUUAUGGGAACGGAUUUGUGUACGAGUGGAUACCAACAGAUGCUGUGGAUCUAUGUCGCGUCGAUCCAGAAACCGUCUCAUUCCCCUUGGUUUUAAACGCAUCUGGUGGUACUUUACCAAAUAACUGCAGCAAGGUAAGAGUAGGAUAAAAGGGAUACGUUUCUAGAGAAACUGUGAUGUUACUCAGGCGGAAUGAGAAUGAGAAUGUUGACAAUUGUUGGAAGCUAGAAGCUUCUCGGGUCAAACAGUAACAACAUUCCUCGAAGGUACGUAAUUAAGAGCCACUUUCUGCGGGGACCGAGUGAGAGGUAGCAUAUGAUGGAAAAAAUGCCUAUCCUCAUGUUUCUUGAGAGAUAGCUUAUGGUGAGUCAAUAUAUGUGUUGUAAUUUUUUUGUUGAAAUAUUGUUUUCUUUUCCAGAAAUUUCUCAAAAACUGUAACGAGUGGCCACCGCCAUAAAACAUUUUGGGCUUUUAUUCACUGCUAGGAAAAAGUCCGCUAAACUUUGAGGAAAUCACGCCUUGACUUGUCAACAAACGAAAGUAAUCAUCAAUUUACGCUCUUUGUUAUCAAAGCCAAAAUUUCACACAAAUCUAAGCUUUUAGCACUAUUUUAGAUCUAAAAGACAGUACAGUAGACUUACCUUGUAGAGCCAGCAGUCAAAAAUUGUUUUUUCUCCCUAUUUUCGUUUCAAAUUGCCUUCUCCAUAGUGUAACUUGAUUACUUUCGUUUGUUGACAAGUCAAUGCGUGAUUUCCUCAACGUUUAUCAUUUUUUCCAUCAUCUGCCGCGAUUUUUCGAUUUCACGCGGUCUCCAGAAAAAAUCGCUCUUAAAAGGAGAGAGCCUAACAUCUGCAUUCAAGCCAAGUGGCUCAUUAGGCCUGAGCUUAACUUGGUGUCUGUAGCAUGAGGCGACUAGUAACAUUUUUAUCACCUUUUUUAAGGGACACCAGUCCAUAGCAGGGCUGCCGUCGCAUAAAAUUCGCCGGUGUCCAUUCAUUCACCUGGUUGAAGUAAGGCACUGUGGGGGGAAAUGUGCUUUGCCCUAGGACACAACACAAUCACACUAGCUCUAACUAUUGCGCUAAUAGGUAACAGAGAAAAAAAAUACAAUCUAUACUUCGCCUACACAAGUUGAAUAAAGUUGAAAAAGAGGGAGAACGAACUAGUAUAUAAAAAAAUGUAGAUAAAUGUCGAUACGAUGUUGGGACACCGUUUUAACAAGUUGACACAACAUGUGGUGCGAAGGGGUGUCAGAUGUUUGUAUCAUCGAAUUUUAUAAUUUACCAAAUUUUUUCAAAAGAUAAAUCCUUAACAGAUUCUAUACAAGCGUUUUUUUCUGUCGUUAUAGACCUUUCGAGCAACAGCUGGCAAAGCGCUCUGCAUACAUUUUCGUGUAAUUGCGGGAAGUGCUUUCGAACUCAAUGUUACCGACGGAAGUACCUGGAGUAAAGACCUGCUCAGCAGGAUUACCAGUGAUUACAAUGGUAAAACGAUAAAAACUGGCUCCUCGUCUGUUUUGGAACUGCAUUACUCAUCUAAAGGGAGUGUUGACAAUCCUGCUUCCUUGGAGAUCAUUAUAAUGGAUGAUUAUGGUAGGGUUUUGUAUCUGUUAACUACGGGGGUGAAGAUGUAAUAGCGGUACGUAAUCUUACUGGACUGACUUACAGGGGCAUCCAACGGGAAAUUUUGAGAAAAAGACCUAACAACAAGGAGAAAGCAUAAAUAAAGCUUUCUGAAGCCAUUUAAGCAUUUUGUGAGAUUGCUGGGAUGAAUUUGUCUGUUCCCCUGUCCCAGCAAGACUGAUGGAAGAGUUCCUAGCCAGCAAGGGGCAUCUACAAGACCUACAACCGGCCGCAAACUUACUUACUGGAAAGUUUUCCAGCAAACGUAUGUCCAGACAUUACUGCCGAGUCUGGGUGUGGUCAUAGGGCAAACUUCAUCCCUUACAUAAAAUCAAAUUCCCUCAGAGACCAUGAAUUGUCUAUUUCUCAGUAACACUUUACAUAUUACUCGUUCCAAAUCUCCCAGCCAGCAAAUUAAAAUUUACCUGAAGAACAGAUAUUUUGAGGAGCAUAUCCAUUGGGUGCCUCUGGACGUACAAAGGAAAAAAAUCUUCGACUCACCUUUUUUGAUUUAUUUUUCUUAGCUUUUUCGGUGCUGUUGAUUAUAUUAUAUGGUCUGCAAUGCUUCACAAGCUUCAUGUGGUUGAAGGGUAGCGACGCCAAAAAGCAGUAAACACUCACAUUUAGUUUUUAGAGCUAAGAAUUUUACUUUAGCAAAGGUUUAUUUUUAGAUUAGUGAAUUGUAAAAUGAAAGAAUUCGCAGUCACCUGACGCCACUUGCUCCGUUAGCUCAAUAUGAAGCGUCGGUUUGCUGAGCGGAAGGUCAUGAACUCUAACCCUGACCGGACAAACGCUCAGGGUCUUAAAAUCUAAAGAGAAUGUGCUUCCUUUGUAGUGGCAGCUUUAAAUGGAUAGAGGUUCUAGUCUUCUUAAAUAAGGAGUGAAAAAACAGUUUUAAUUAUUAAAAAGAAAAACAAUCAGCCAUUUCGAAUUUCGAAUUUCGAAACAGCCAUCUUCAUCUCUGAGCCCUCAUUUAGCCAGUUAAAGCUUUUUUUUUUUGUAUUUUUUUGCUUACUGCGACCGGGAGUGGUUGGGGGAAGCCCAUCUCUAUAACUUUACAGCCACCAAAAUUACACAGAGUAAAGGACUCAUUAUUUCCAAUAUUUAGGCAUAACUUGACUGAGAGAAUGACAUAUCUUGACAGAGAUGUUGAACUACUUCCUUCUGGCAGUGUAUAUGGUGCGCAGUACUUUUUUGAACCAAUUAUAAAAUAAUUCUGGUUUUAUCCUACUUUUUGUAAGCACUAAUGGAUUUUAUUUUGCCCCGUUGAUGACCUAAAAAGACGAAAACAACUUUAAAUUUACUAGUGAUCAACUCGCUUAGAGCUCGUAAGCCCCUUUUUUGUCCCCACCGCGUUUUGACGGCGUUAUCUGUGAUACACAACUAUAGCACGGCAAAACUAAAUAUGUUUGUGAUAUGUUCUUUGUGUUAAAGAAUCUUCUAUUUCCAUUCUAGCUCUACCUUUAUCAUUGUUAAUAUCAGGGAGCAGCUUUGUGAAAAACUCCAACGACGGAAUUUUAAUUAAGAAAAUGAUCGGCCACUCCAAAAUUUCUAACACCAUGGUGACGCAGAAUAACCACUAUGGACUUCACAUAAUAGAGGCACGAGGCAGAGUAAAUGUCCUAUCGUCUUUAUUCCGAGGAAACAAUAAACAUGGUAUAUACGUGGAAACUAUUUCAGGAUUGAUUGGACUUAAAAAAGUAAACUCUUCGAAAAACUACCAUUCGGGCAUGUCAAUUGGCGUUGGAAGCAUAUUGCUAUCAGUAUCAGACAGCAACUUUGAUAACAACGAUCAUAGUGGGGUACGCAUCACAAACCAGCUUCACACUACCAUUAACAUAUCCGACGCUCAAUUUAAAGGGAAUGCCCGUAAUCAUCGUAAUCACGGACUUUAUCUGGUGGACUUCAAGGAAGAUUGCAAUGUUCAAUUAUCAAACCUAAACAUAGUUGGGAACACGGUAUCAAACGGAGCUUUUUUCGAACGGUUAAGUCUUGCCAAUUUAAUAAUAACUUCCUCUAAGUUUGAUGAGAACGGUUGGAAUGGAUUAUCAAUUGCUGGUGUUUCGUGUCAUAAAGGUACCUUUCGAAACAUUUCUACGUCUCGGAAUGCUCAGAGUGGCAUUUAUGUGUCUGGCGGAAAUUUUAACGUAUCAUUAAUCUCUUGGACUUCACUUUCAAACAGCCGUAACGGAUUUUACUUAGAAAAACAAGCAGGAAAGGUUAACGUAAAUGGCUGUCUUGUCAAUGAUAACCAACGAGAUGGUUUAGUAUUUUUCGACGGUGGGUAUGUUCGGCUUUACGCUGUACUCAUUCAAAAGUGUACGCUUUCAAAUAACCGAUACGGUGUACUUUUUACGCUUCGCCGUUAUACAGGCCUUAUGAACUACCGGGUUAUUGUGGUGGACUCUACAAUUGCCAACAACACUCAGGGGGGAUGUGAAUUUUUCUCUAAAAGUUGCAGUAACCCUCAUCGCAACAGGUACCUCAAACUUUCGUUUGCAAGAAAUAAAGUAAUGGGAAAUAAAAAAUACGGCCUGUUCUUUUACGGUCCCGAACAAUCCGAAGUGGAGGCAACUGUACAGAAUAACACAAUGGAGGAAAAUACGGGAUAUGCCUUAGGCCUGGAGUACACAAAGUACUGUAGUGCCUCUCCACUGUUUCCGGUGCUGGUGAAUGUUCAAGGAAACAUUUUUACCAAGAAUAAAGGAGAAUAUGUUGUCUUCGUCAAUUUCAAAUCCAUGACAUCGAAACACCAAAUGAUCAUCUCACAAAACAGCUUUUUUGAAAACCAGAAUGUCCGCAAGUUUUUAACAAACUAUGCCCGUGUCAAGACCCAGACUGUCCUUGCUAUUAGUAAAGGGAACGUAACAGUGAAGCGCAAUGCAUUUGAUAAUCCCAUGUUCCCCCAUGAGAUAGCAACCCUAUAUAUUGACCACGAGAUAAUGUAUCAAGCUAUAGAAAACUGGUGGGGCUCAAGCGAUGAAUGCAAAGUAAAGGAGAGGAUUUUUGACUACGAAGAUCGAGUCGAACUGGCCCGGAUUCACUACUAUCCAUUUUUAAUCUAUCACAAUUCCAGUAGUGUCAUUAUCCAUAAUAGUACAAGGGCAUUGUGCUUUCUACAGGGAACGAAAGUGGGUGGCAUAUUGAACGAGCCAAUUACCAUACCUAGAAACAGUGGUGCUUAUCAAGUGACCGGCGAUGUCACAGUUUUUUCCGAUGGCACUCUAACAAUCGAAGAGAACGUCACUUUGGAAUUUGACUUGAAGGCAGUGUUUCUAAUUUAUGGAGAGAUCAUUAUCAAAGGUACCAGCACGAAUAGGGUAAGGUUUAUCCCAAAGAAACCCUCUGAAAAGACAGUAAGGCUGGCGGAUGGUCCAGGUCCAUGGAAUGGAAGACUUGAAAUAUGGUUUAAUAAUACGUGGAUGCCGAUAUGCCUGAGGUGGUACCAGCACGAAUAUAGCAUUGUAUGUAGACAAUUGGGAUACGAGGAAGAUAAAUACUCAAAACGCUAUCCGAGUGGCAAAGAAACUGUCUUUCUGCAUAACUUCCAAUGUGAUACAAACGAAAAUGACAAUGUUGCAAACUGUGGUCGUGAAAACUGGAUUUCUGGACCUCGUUGCUCCGAGUAUGUGGCAUAUAUUGCUUGCAAAACUCCCUACUGGACUGGAGUUCACCUAGCAAUCGCCCCAAAGAGAAGCGUCAUCACAAACCUCGAUAUUAGCUACGCAGGCUUCGAUUACAGAAAUGACUUAAGGAUUCCUGGCAUCGCCUUAAGGAUUGAUCUUAGUCACAACAUAAGCGGUGUUGUUGUAGAUAAUUCCGCUUUUAUAGGCGUCCAAAUAAUGUACCCAAAUCCCUUUAAAAGCUCUUACGACAUGCACAAUGUCACCAUUUCAAACACCAAAUCGGAUGGAAUUCGUUUGGAAUCCCCACUAGUCAAGAUCAUGAACACUGACGUUAUAAACACGAGUGGUCGUGGAUUUUUGUCUGAUUUUAAUUGGAAGCCCCUUAACAUUCAUGUGUUGAAUAUGGCCGAAGCCAAAGUAAAAAGGUAUUUACAACCGUGCACCGAUAGACAUAUCUUUCUAGACAGUGCCAGCCCAGUAUACUACUUAAGCGUAAAAAUUGAUUAUAGCAAAGGCUGCGAGACCAUUAUCACAGUUCCACAGAAAUACUACAUCGGAAUGCAACUCAUCUACCAAAACCUACCCUAUUACGUGUUAUUCCACGUUUACAGCGGCAAGAACAAGACAUCAGAAACUGCAUGGGAUAUCCCUUCGUUAACAUGGCCAAGCCGUCCAGUGUGGAGGUCAAACACUAGCACAGUCCUUCUCGAAAGUUACUCCCGGUAUUACCCUGACCAUCGUAGUUACUCGGUGCAUUUAAUGGUGUAUCUCAUUAAAGGUAAGCCUCAUUAAAAUUAAUGGGGUAAAUGUUAAAAAGCAUUUUAACACAAACUAAGCUUCCCCUCUGCUCAAUAUAUAUUAAGUGCCACUUAUUAACCGAUAGUGAGGCCAUAACACCGAAAUCUCAGACCCGGAGACCUUGAUGUCAAGGUCAAGAUCUGAGAUCUCCUUGGGGUGAAUUCACUCCUAAGUGGUAUAUAACGAGUUUCAAUUUCAUAAAUUACAAGAUAUAUAUCUCUGCAAUGUCAACCUCAAUGAACAUGAGUGUUUAAUUUGUACUACAGCAGACAGUACUGUUUCGGCCUUCUGGGAUUCAUCAGUGCAGUGCUGAUGCCAGGAUGGGGGUUAUGAAGCUAAAAAGCCACCCCAAAUGAUACCACAAUUAUGUUAUCAUCUAAGCCAUGUCAGAGUGCUCUAACUAGUAAACUAGUGAGCAUGCGCAAUGCUAUGGCCGUAACUCAUCCUAAGAGUGCUCCAUUUCAAAAUGAAAGCAAAGCUUUAUAUGCAAAAGAGCUAUAUCUAACUGCAGACAACACUGUUUCGGCCCUCUGACCCUAUAUAUAUUUAUUAUAUAUCUUUUAGAUAAUUUUUUAUCUCAGUUGAUUUUUAUUUUUCCAUUGUUUUGGGUAUGGUAAUGUAUGCUAAUGAAUUUAAAACAAAGGAAAAAUAAAAAUUGACUGACAUUAAAAAAAUAACUGCAACAUAUACGUACUGAGAUGUACCAACUGAAAAGGCGCGAAAUGAAUUUGGUUCUGGUCUAAUAAGAACCCGACAGCCAAUCAAACGACGCGUAUCGCUUUUUCCACGUGUGAGGAAAAAUGAUACGUCCAAUCAGGUGCCACGUAUCAUGUAUUUUGACGUGUGAGCCGUAACAAGGUGAUUUUCAUUCAGCUGACAGCAUUUCUCAUAUUUAAAGUAAACUUUCGCAAGUGUUGAUACUUAAAAACAUGAGCGAGAGGAGGUUUGUUCAUCAAGAUACUUGGAGUUUCCUCUGCCGAAUCAUUGUUGAAUACUGUUUGGCUGAAAAACACCAUUCAUUUUGAAAUGCGUGGUUGUCAAGAGCAUUGGAAUUUGUGCUGGGAAGAUGUAAAGCUUUGUAAGGACGCACAAGGUAACGAAUAUCUAGUGUACAAUAAAAGAAAGACAAAAACAACGUCUGGAGUAGACGCUUCAAACUUUCGUCUAAAAGUUUCUGAAAAAAGGUUAAAGAGAGGAGUCCGACUCAGAUUAAAAUUCAGAAAAAAUAUUUCAACAUUCUUUGCUUGUUGUAAUGUUAAAUUUAUGUAAAAAAUUUAAGCUUAUGUUUUAAUCCUUGCACGAGAAUCUCACUUCAAGUCGUGUAACAGAGUUUUGUCUUGGUUUGUCAUGUCAGACGAUAGGCAAGAGUUUAAAUCUCAGUAUGUAUAUAAUAAACGCAAUACCACAUGGAAACUGCUUUGUACGGCAUUUACGCUCUCGUUGUUUUUGUAUAAGAAAUAUCACACGCUCGGCGCUGCGCUCACUCUUGAUUUCUGAUACGUCAGCAACUCGUGCUUAAAUUCCGUACGUACUCACUUUUCAUGAAGUAUUCAAUAUAUAUUACAUUUUUUGCUUCAAUAUAAUAUAACUACUAUUUUGCCAAAUUAUAAACCACAGGUACCCCAAGCUCACGAGCAAGAACCUUUCUUGCAUAACAGAAAUAUUAUAAGGGUAUGGAGAUUCCAGCGAUUGUUAUUUAGGGGUUAAAAACAGCAUUAAAGAUAAAUCAAAAUUCCUUACCUUGUCUUCUUGACUGAAUUUAUGGUGUUUUCGUAGCCGUUCUUGGCCGUUUCAUGGCGAUUCCAGCGAGGUUUAGUUCUGCCGUUGUUGGUUGGUUGGAAUCUCCAUACAAAUCCUUGUAAUAUUCAUGAUAUGCAACAACGAUUCUCACUCACUUUACAUCAUGUACUGGUUUGCCCCAUGCAAGGGAAUCCGGAUUCCGGAAUUCGGGAAAUUUUGCUUGUGGAAUCCGGAAUCAGAGAAAAUUUUGCUUUUGAAUUUCGGUUUUGGAAUCCGGAUUACAGCUCAAGGAAUUCGCAAUCCCACUAAUGAUUAGAUCCAGAAACCAUGUUCUACUGACAAAUACAGGAAUCAAGUACCUGGAAUCCGGAAUCCACAGCGUGGAAUCCAGAAUCCAAGACUGUCCUGGAUUCCCUUACAUGGGGCGAUACUAGUCUUAGUGUGGCUUUGGUUUUGUUUUAUUAAGGAAACAACAGAGAAGCAUUGCCAGCACCAAACGUGGACAUUUUAAACAGUACAAACCUGAACAUUUUAAACUGUAACUUUUUAAACAACGCUCUUGGGGGAAUUUUCUUGAGCAAUGGACGUGACAUCUUAGAAAACGUCAUUAUCCAAGACUCUGUGAUUCGUAAUUCGCAAAAGAGUGGACUUCAGACUACAUUUGCAAGUGUCAAAAAACUGAGUCUCAUAAACUGCUCGUUUAUAAGAAAUAUCAAUGGAAUCCAACUUUCUACAUUUUCUGGUAUGGUGAACAUUGAAAACACCACUGUGUCAAAUUCGUCUAACAAUGCACUGUACGCCCCAUCUCGAGGAAAGAAGACGGUUUAUUUAAGGAACAGUCGCAUUACCUACAACAAAGGAUAUUCAGUUUAUGUUUAUGGAAACAGGCCGCAGCUUAGCUUUUAUGCGAUUAACAGCUUUUUUGAACAGAACCAAGCCACGACCAUUUAUUUUGAAACCUGGUCGGCUGACGUUGAAGAUGUUUACUUUAGAAACUGUACAUUUCUAUUAAACCAAGGACCCGCGAUAAACAUUAAGCAUUCAUCUGAUAUAAGUCAUUGGGAAUUUGUUGAAAACAAGUUCAUGGAGAACGGUCAACCUUCAGUUAUCAAGAAAACUCAAUAUAAUCAUCCAGAUGAUACACCUGAAAUAUACUUUAGUAGAAAUGCAUUUUUAUACAACCACUGUGAAGACAAAGGCGUUAUUGAUGUUACGGGAGGAACAAAAGUAUUAAUAGUUGAUGGAAAUGUUUUCGAAGGAAACUACGGGAGAUCAAUUUUUCUUGAAGAGACAUCAUACUCGCCUUUGACGGCAAAAAAUAACAUCUUUUACAGCAAUAAAUGCUCCGAAAAAGGCGUUUUGGAAGUACGAGCGAUGCAUAGAGAAAUUACGAUAGAUAACAACGUAUUUGAAUCAAACGAAGGCUUAUUCAUGGUUCUUCUUAACAGUGCCUUUCCGAUAGAGUUGCAAAUGGCGAACAAACACGCGAAUUUUGGGAACAAUACCUUUGUUAAUAACACGAACGUGCCAUCGAAUAGCCUUGCAUGUGAACUUAGUAUCUCAGGACUAAUUGAUCACAUAAACUUUUCUAUACACUAUAAUAAAUUCAACAGCUUAAGGUUUACGAAGGAACUGUGUGUGUUCACCUUUGCUUCAUCUUACUCAAGGAGGCUGGACAUUUCUCUAAAUUUCUGGGGCCACAAUGACAGAAGUGGAAUUCGGAAAAGAAUCUUUGACGCAGAAAGCGAUUACGAGUAUGCCUGGGGUAUGAUUUCCCCAUUCCUGAGCGAUUCAGGAAACAUUCUGCACGAAAAAAAACAAAGUGGUAACUUUGAUAAGGAUAAUAGCCUUUUAGGUGGACGACUGACAUCCACCUUGCGGCUUGGUAUUAGUCAUAGCCCUUACAAGAUUCUCUCUGAUCUUACUGUCUUGCCACAGAUUUCUCUAGUAAUAGAUCCGGGUGUAGAGAUGCAGUUUCAUUCUGGCGUCGGCAUGCUGGUUCUUGGUUCUCUUCUCGUGAAUGGAAAUGAAAGUCACCCUGUUUCAUUUUCUCUUUUGGAAAAAGAUCAAAGUAAAAUGUCAAUACCCGUUCGCCUUUUUGGAGGUACUUUCCCUUGGCAUGGAAAGGUGGAAUUAUUACAUGACGGUAAUUGGAUUCCACUGUGCUCAAACGUAUCAGCUUUGCGGGAAGAAAUGAAUAACGCCAAGGUUAUAUGCAAACAGCUGGGCUAUAAGAAGCCCUUGAACAUCAGUCGAAGACUUCAAGGAUCUAUGGAUGUAAUGCCGUUUAGCAUAAUGUCUAGUUGCCAUGAAAAUGAAUCCGACAUUAGCCAAUGUUCCCUGACAUUUCAAAAUCGCAGCUACGAUAAUUGUACACAUGCAAUGGUUCUCACCUGUUCUGGGGGUUUACCGUGGGGAAAUAUUCGAUUUGUGCGCGACGAAACAAGCCCAUUCGACGCAGCUAAAUCGCAGUUACAGCACAUGAAGAUCAAGCAUUGUGGUAUGAAACAUGGGAAAGACGUCGCCGCGUUGGAAAUCUUUCAGUACGUUCCAAAAGUCCAUUCUGUACAAGUGUUAAACUGCUCAGCGGGUGGUUCCAAGUUGUGGUUUCCCGAAAAAGAAAUGUUAUUCGCAAACACCUCUUUCAUUAAUACAGGGGGAGUGGGAGCUGCAAUCCUGACAACGAAAAAGAACGUUACUUUGCAGAGAGUCAGGAUUAUAAACAACAAGAAUGGAGUGUUCUUUGGUAACCCGAAUGGACAGUGGAUGGACGGACUACUGAACGGACAAGUCAUGCUGUGCGCUUCAGAACAAGUUGUAGAUCUUCGAGAUGGCGAUGUCUUUCUGUACUUUAGACAACCCUUCAUUACCAUUUAUAACCCCACUGUCACGUGCAAGAAAUUAAUUCGAACAGGAAACAAUUAUGGAUUCGCUCUUAGGCUGAUAGUAGUGAAGAACGUAGAUUACAUCACAAUACAAGACCCUCAUAGAAAUACGAUCAUAAAGUAUUCCUCAAGAAGUCAAAUUUCAUUGUCAAAACGAAGGCUUAUUCCCUGGAGCAGUAUCACAAUCUUUUUCAAAGGAUGGUUCAGCACCAGCGAAGUCCUUUUACAUCUCGAGCGGGCAGAGGACAACGGUUUGUUUUAUUCCGAUUGUCUAUCGUCAGGAUUUUGCCAUUUUCUUGAGCAACUUUAGAAAUAUUUAUCACAAAAUAGUAAAUACUUGAAUCCUUAACCCUCGUCUUGCUGUCUCACAGAUUUCCCUUGUACAUUUGAAGUAAGUGAUUGUGGCUGGAAAAACUAUCCUGGAGGUUAUUUCAAUGGCGUUGCUCUGGCAAGGAAGUGGUAUUGGAAUGACAUCUAUGGCAAGCAUAGCGCCGCUUCGGAUCAUACAUAUGGCUACAGAGGGGGUGAGAGUUACUCUAUUUUUUUUUUAUAAUUAAUAACAGUUUAACUAAAGACUUCACUAAAAAAACGAGAUCUGACGUAAAUGAUUGUUCCUUCCUUUGCACCUGUGUUUUUUUUAAAAUGAGAUUGAUAUUCUUCGCGUCAUUGCCUGCAAAGAGAUAAAAGUUUCAUCAAUAUCGAUGUCGAAUAGACUCUUAAGACUCAUAUCAACAGUCGUCCCUUUGUUUGCUAAUAAGCUUGUUAUCGUUCGAGGUCAGCGGUCUUGUCAGUUAGAAUAAGUCUUGGAUAAAAAAGCACAUGGUUUUGUUCUUUACUUAGUUUUCUCUUCGACCGCCAUUGUUCUAUUCGUUCAUUGUUCAAUGUAAAUCUCUUCGGUUCUAAGCAAUACAGUUGAUUCAAGUUAUCCCUGUCUACUCUCUUUGAUUACGACUCGUGUCUUUGCGACAUUAUUUACGUUGCCCGUUGCAUUAACGUGAAGUUUCGCUUUCAUGGCAUAUUACGCAAUUAUAACUAAAAUCAACUUACAUGUACUUACCUACUUACCUACUUACUUACUUAGUUACCUAGUUACUUGCUUACUUACUUACUUACUUACGUGCUUACUUACUUACCUACUUACUUACUUUCUUACCUACCUACUUACUUACUUACUUACCUACCUACUUACUUACUUACUUACUUACGUACCUACCUACCUACCUACUUGCUUACUUACUUACUUUCUUACCUAACUACUUUUUUACUUACUUAGUCACUUACGUACUUACUUACCUACCUACUUACUAAUAACCAUAGUACAGAAACAGCACUUUUGAAAGUUACCAACGACAUUAUGAUGGAAAUUAAUUCUCAGCAUGCUGUUCUACUUGUGUUACUUGACUUAAGCGCUGCCUUUGACAUUGUUGAUCGUAGUGUUUUGUUGCGUAGACUUCAAACUUCAUUUGGAAUUUCUGGAGCACCAUUAGAUUGGCUAAAGUCGUACUUGUCAGCAAGAAGUCGUGUUUCCAUUCCCGGCGCCCUCUCUGACAGUCUUCCUCUUGACUGGGGCGUUCCACAAGGGUCCUGUCUUGGUCCCUUGUUGUAUGUCAUUUACUCUUCAAAGCUAUUUAACGUCAUUGAACGCCACCCUCCAAAUUCUCACUGAUAUGCAGAUGAUUCACAAAUAUAUUUCCCCUUCAAGCCCGAUGACUUGUCAAGUCAACAAGAUGCUAUAACUGCCAUGCAAAAUUGCAUUAACGACAUUCGCUCAUGGAUAGAACACGACAAACUACUUCUCAAUGGUCAAAAGACGCAAUUUCUCGUCAUUGGCACCCGGCACCAGUUAUCUAAAGUUAAUAUUUCUUCGAUCACUGUGGGAAACCCUGCUAUAAUGAAAUCGUUAGUUGUUAGGAACCUUCGCUCGUACAUUGAUGACAAGCUGACAAUGAGCUCCCACAUCAACUAAGUCUGUAAUGCAUCAUUUUACUAUCUGCACAACAUUAGGCGGAUAAGAAUACACCUAUUGCGUGACUCCUAAGAGACUCUUAUUCACGUGUUUGUCUCCAGCUGAUUAGAUUACUGUAACAGUUUACUCUAUGGAUUGCCACAGGUACAAAUCGAUAAGAUACAAAGAGUUAUAAGCAAAUUAAGUUUUGCCAUAUAACACUAGUCUUAUCUCAGCUUCACUGGCUUCCCAUUGAAUAUCGCAUUGAGUUUAAGAUUUUACUUAUGACUUUUAAAGCUAUUCACGGCAUGGCGCCAGAUUAUAUUUGCAAAUUGAUCAGCCGAGGGAAAUCAACAGGAUAUUCCCUCAGAUUCAGCAAAAACGUUAUGCUUGAGUUUCCAAGCGGCAAGAUACUCCCAACACUUGGUGGUAGAGCAUUCUGUUAUGCGGCCCCAAAGCUCUGGAACAACCUACCUAGUGAAAUAUCCCGCCUUGACUCUCUGUCAAAUUUUAAAUGUCAUGUGAAAACAUAUCUUUUUAAACAAGCUUUUAAUUUGUAGUAGAGUAUUUGUUUCGUUUAUUUUAUUAUUUAUUAUCAUUUUAUUUCAUUUUUAAAUGUUUCUACCUGCUUUUAAAUUUUAUUCAUCUUUAGUCUUUCUUUUUAAUUUAUUGUAAAGCGCAUUUGAUCAUGUGAUCAGUUGCGCUAUAUAAGUUUAAAUUAUUAUUAUUAUUAUUAUUAUUAUUGUUCAUUAAAAAGCGGCAAACUGCAUUCAUCCGUGACUGGAGAGACUCUGCUUCCUAUAGGCUUUUGAGGAACAAAGCCCAGUGGGAAAUAAGGUCGGCAAAAUACGAUUAUUACCAUCGUAAAGUAAGUGACCUUGAGCAUAAGGAUUCGAAAAAACGGUGGAAACAAAUUAAGUUAUUAACUGGCCAGGAUAUAGAGUAACCAAUCAACAGGUCCUCAAUUCCCUGAGCGAAAACUGUCCCCCACCCCCCCCCCCCCCCCUCCCAAUCAACCCCCCCCUGCGACCUCCUAGUGACCGUCAGGGAGGUGCAUGACUCUUUAUCAAGCCUAAAUGUCGGGAAAGCAAUUGGCCCUAAUAUGAUACCGAACAGGGUCUUAAAGGAUUUCGCACCUGAACUCGUCCCGCUAAUUAUGGAUACUUAUAACUGCUCACUCAGGGAGGGCUAUGUUCCUGAUCUGCUGAAGUGAUCCAUAAUCAAUCCCCUUCCCCUUUUUUCCGCCUCAAGAAAUUCAAUCUGACUUGAGACCUAUCUCUCUGACAUGCACACUUGCCAAAGUCAUAGAGGGGUUUGCGCCCAGCAGGUUCGUGGCGAAAAUUGCGGAAAAACUUGAUCCACACCAGUACGCAAGGGAGGGCACUCCACCACGGACGCCUUGAUUUAUAUCCUACAGGCGAUUCACGAGGCGACUGAAUUGUGGGAAUUGUGGGGCUAGAAUGUUCUUGCCGAUUACUCGAAGGGUUUUGACCUGAUUGACCAUUCAAUUCUUCCGAAGGGAGUUGGCGUUUUUCGAUAUAGACCACUGUCUUAAUUAACUAGAUUAGGGCCAUCCUGACUGGGAGAUCGCAAGCUGUAAGGAUUGGAAACUCUCUGACUGAUUGGAAGUCACCCAGGGGAGGUAUCCCGCAAGGGACGAAACUGGGUGUGAUUUUGUUUGCUGUAAUGACCAACAAUCUUUUGCGUGACUAGCAUUUGAGGAUUAAAUUCGUAGAUGAUACCACGGUAUUAGAAAUCCUGCCAAGGAACGGUAUUAGCUUACUAAAUAUAGCUGUCAAUGAUAUUCACAGGUUUUCCAUCAAACAUAAUAUGAAACUAAAUCCGAAAAAGUGUAAGGAAAGGUAAAUUAACUUCAUGCAAAAUGAUAAUUUUACUACAAGACCAAUUUGUCCUAAGUAACAACACAGUUGAAUGUGUAACAACUUAUAAAUUACUCGGUAUUAUUAUCAGUAAUGAUUUAAAGUGGAACGAGCAUAUUAAUUACAUAUCGAAAAAAGCUUCGAAACGCCUGUAUUCCCUGAGGAUUCUUAAAAAAGUGCGUGUUAAUAAAGAGGGAAUUCUCAAAGUUUACUUAACAACAAUAAGACCUAUACUAGAAUAUGGCGUACAAAUCAGGCAAGAUAUUCCUGAAUUUCUUUCAAAUAAGCUGGAGUCAACUCAAAAAAGAGCACUACAUAUUAUCUAUCCAUGCCAUAGUUACUUAGAUGCUCUUAAUACCUCAAAGCCAUCGAUAGUCAUCGCGGUGUUUUGCUUUUGCUAUUGGUUCUUUCUGCAGCCUUUGAUACGGUUGAUCAUGAAAUUCUUCUAGGAAGACUCUCCUCUAGGUUCGGUAUCAAAGGAAAAGCUCUGGAUUGGCUACGACCUUACCUUACAGACCGUACUCAGCUUGUGAAAGUAAACGACGCUUCAUCCACGGUACGACCCUUUCAUCGGGGUGUGCCUCAAGGUUCGGUCCUAGGCCCCAUGCUUUACUUAUUGUAUACAUCUCCACUGGGUGAUAUUGUUCGUGAGCAUGGCUUGUCGUUUCACUUUUAUGCUGAUGACUCGCAGCUUUAUACAUCUUUUGCUUGCAAUGACACCUCUGAUCUAUGUGGCUGCAAAACAACGUCUUGAGAACUGCGUUGCUGACAUCAAUUUGUGGAUGACUGCCAACAAGUUAAAGCUUAACAAUGAUAAAUCAGAAUUUCUCUUUCUGCACUCCCGUUUUCGUCAUUCGUUGCCCCCUCCCACGAUUUCUGUUGGCAUGGAAAACAUCAGGCCCUCUCAACAGGCUCGCAAUCUUGGCGUGAUUUUCUACGACACAAUGUCACUUUCACCUCAUGUUAAUACAAUAGUUAAGGGUGACUUCUAUCACAUACGAAAUAUUUCUAAAAUAAAGAAAUACAUCAGUAAAAAUACCACAGAAAUUCUAAUUCACAGUUUUGUUAGCUCGAAGUUGGACUUUUGUAAUUCUCUUCUUUUUGGUGCCCAAAAACGAGACAUAGUUAAGUUGCAGUCCGUUCAGCUCAUCACCGAGACUCUAAGAGAUCUUCACUGGCUUCCUGUUGAGGAGAGAAUUGUUUUUAAAAUAAAUUUAAUAACUUUUAAUACAUUGAAUGGCUCCGAUCCCCGUUAUCUUGAAGAUAUUUUAAAAUUUUACCAUCAAUCAAGGGAUCAUUUACGCCUAGAAGAACCAAAUUUUAACAUGAAAAAUUAUGGCCAGCGAGCGUUUUCCGUUGCUGCUCCCCGACUAUGGAACAAGCUCCCCUUUGAAAUUCGAGCUUGUUCCGAUGUUAAUCUUUUUAAAUCUAAGUUGAAAACGUUUCUUUUUAAAAAGGUAUAUGACAUUUGGUUUCAUCAUAUUUGUUUGUUGUUGUUGUUGUUCUUUUUUUUUCUCCCCUUUUUAAGAUUUGUAUGCUAUAGAUUUCCCAAUAUGUACAGUAGGGUUAUAUGUAAACUUGAGCUUAAUGAUAUUCUUAUGUCCUUUUUUACAUUGUAAAGCGCUUAGAAUAGCGAUGUAUAAGCGCUAUAUAAAUUCCAUUAUUAUUAUUAUUAUUACUUAGUUACUUACUUACUUACUUCCUUACUUACUUACCUACUUACUUAAUUACCUACUUACCUACCUACCUACUUACUUACUUACUUACUUAUUUAACUACUUACUUACUUACCUACCUACUUACUUACUUACUUACUUACUUACCUACCUACUU